CAUGGGGGCGGUGGGGCCGGGCCGCUGCGGGCGGGACCCGUGCGGGGCGCUCUGCCUGCUGCUCACCUACCUGAGCGUGGGCUACGCCGACUACGUCAUCCUCACCCACAUCCUGCUGCAGCCGGGCUUCCGGGGCAGCCUCUGGUGUCCCUUCCAUGCUGUGAUGUUUAACCUCAUUGUCCUUCUGUUGCUGGCUUGUCACACACGAGCUGUCUUUGCUGAUCCAGGCAUGGUCCCACUGCCCGAUACCGCCAUCGACUUCUCUGACCUGCGCAGCAACACACCCCACAAGAGCGAGCGGAGCAAUGAGGACUGGACGGUGUGUAACCGCUGUGAGACGUACCGCCCGCCGCGGGCGCACCAUUGCCGCAUCUGCCACCGCUGCAUCCGCCGCAUGGAUCACCAUUGCCCCUGGAUCAACAACUGCGUUGGCGAGUUAAACCAGAAAUACUUCAUCCAGUUCCUCUUCUACACUGGGCUGGCUAGUCUCUAUGCCAUGGGGCUGGUGUUAACCACAUGGCUGUGGCCGGUGGACAGGAGCUUCCCUGGGAAGAUGGAAGGUGUGGCCGGAGGCAUCUCUAACAACCACAUCCAGAUGGCUCACUGCAUCGUCCUGCUGGUGGAGUCCAUCCUCUUUGGGGUCUUCGUCACCGUCAUCUUCUAUGACCAGGUGGUCUCUAUCAUCACGGACGAGACUCCGAUCGAGCAGCUGCGGAACCGGCUGCUGAAGGAGGCGCGCCGGGAGGUGGCACACACCCGGAAGCCGAAGAUCGCGCUGCUGCGGGAGGUGUUUGGCCGGGGCUUUGUGAUCUGCUGGUUUUUCCCAUGUAACUGCAGCCCCCCAUCAGGCGGGGCCCCUGCCUACAGCUACCUGCCCAACUACGAUGUGUGACCUCCAUGGCACCUCUGCAGAUGCUACCUCUCCAGCCUCGGGGAGGGGACUUGUACUGCCAGUGGCUUUGCAGAACUUGCCACCAAACUGCUCAUUUGGGCCUGCUCACCUGCUCCCUGUUGGCAGCCUGGGGCCAGGGUGUGGCUGCAGCGCCCGGCUCUGCUGGGUCUGCCUUGCCCGGCCCUGUGACUCCUCCUGGGACAUGGUGCUCCCGCGAAGCUGAGAUCCUGAGCUGUGGAGGGGCACUCUCCAGCCCCCUGCACCAGACUCCCUGCAGCGCCUGGCUGCCCAACGAGUCCCGGCGCCCAGGGCAUGGGGAGCGGUCAUUUAGGCAGGGUGGGCCCUCUGCAUGACGUUUCUCCUGGAUCAGUGUUAGUGCGAGGGGGGCUGCCCCCCGAGGCUACAGUCUGACAUUCCCCUCUUGCCACAACUGCAUCUGGAUCCUAGCUCCCUCCCUGGAGCUGGGCACCCUGCCCCUGGCUGCCAGCACCUCAUUGCCCAGGGAUGGAGCCGGUUGUUCUCUGCUCCUGGCCAGGGAGGGAUGGCACCACUUGUACAUAGCCUGUGUGGCAUUACCAGUGUGUUUGGCUCUGGGUGCCUGCUCUGUGUGUGUGUGUGUGUCUGUCUGUCUGCUAAAGCUGAAGUCGCUUGUGCCCAGGCAAAUUAGAGCUCCUGUUCUUGGCCCUGGCAGCAGCCUCUGCUGACUUGGAGCCCCUCCACGCCGUCCCCAGGGGGAUGGUCCGCUCCAUGUUGUGGGAGUGGGGGAGAGGGUGCUGGCACCCCUCACUGGUGGUCCCCUCCAGCCCAGCAGGCAGUGUUACUAUUUAUUAGGUGUAUUACGGUAGCGUCUGGGAGCCCCAGUUGGACCCCUGGUGCCAGGGGCUGUACAAACACAGAACAGAUAGAUGGCCUCUGCCCCAAGGAGCUCGCAGUCUGAGACAGGAGCUGGUGCGACAGGUGAAGGAGGCAGCAACUAGAGCACUGGAUGCGGGGAGCUUGGGUAGGUCAAUUCCCCUUUUGGUGCCUCAGUUUCCUCAUCUGUAAAAUGGGCAUAAUGAUAGCACCUCCCAUUGUAAAGCACGUGGCCAUCUGCUGAUGGGAAUUGCUAGACAAAAGCUAGGUAGUGUGAUGAGGACUGAGGCAGGGCAGUGGGACCAGCAGUGCUCUCCACACACCAUCAACGUAACCCAAGUGUUUUCUGCAGGCAUCACCCCAAAGGGGGUUUGAAGGAGGAUGAAGAGGGUAUGGAUGUGUAUGGGGAGCUCCUCCUCCUCCCCCCAAGCAGGAGGGGCAGCCUGAGGAAUGCACCAAGGAGCUUGCUUGAAAAUGGAGCAAGUGGGCGCUGGAGGCUGGCAGCACAGGCUGAUGAGAGGCGGGAGUGACUCCACAGCGUAUGGGAAUCGCCUGGUGGCUGGUAACAGGCUGGGAAGGGAAGAUGAAGAAGGGGGUGCCAGGGAACGUGCCCAGCGCAGCCACGUGACUCCUCUCGAGGGAGCUGGCAUUGCCGUUCCCCAGAGGAUGUUUGUGUUGCAUUGGCUCGUUGGCUGGGGCUGGCCUCCUCCCCUGGGGCUGCCUUGGGCAAGCGAGAGCGGGGUUCUUGGCUGCGGGAUGCCAUGGAGCAAGUGGGGAGCCAGCCAUACACCCAGAGGAGCUAUGCUGUGUGGCAGUGCCCUGGAGCCGCCUCCCUGCUCCCUGGCCGGCAAAGCGGUUCCUGGCUGGCUGUGCCAGGGGCGCCAGAGUCUCUGCUGACUGCAUGCUGCCCUGUGUGUCUGCCCCGGUGUCCUGUGUGCGAGGCCUCCAGCACGGCUACUGCAUCCCAAGGGCCUGGCCGCCCCUCUUCCUGGGGGUCUCUUUGACCCUGGUGUGUGGCAUACAGGGGUGCCAGGGAGUGGGUGCCCUGCUGCCCUGGCAAUUGCUGGCGUUCCUGCUGCUGCCCCUGAGUGACGGCUCUGCCCAUGGCCCUGUGGGUGGUGAGGCUUUUCCAGGGGCUGCUCGUCUGCCCUGCUGCCUCGGUUUCCACUCCGGGCUCCCCUGUCCAGUGGCACAGGCUGGGCCAGGGCAGGGGGCUAGGUCCCUGCCGAGGGAAGGAAGGUCCCUGGCAAGAUGUAGGCAAGCCAGCCUGGCACUCAGGUGAGGGCAGGGCCUGUGGUGAAGCAUUGCCCAACUCCUGGCUGCUCCCCCAGGCUGGCCUGGCUUUCCCCAGAGCCUACCUCUUGGUGGGGUGCUGAUGACUCUCCUUGGGCUGGGUGCACUUGGGCACCAUUGCUGGGGGCUUAGUAUGCGGCAAUCUGCACUGGUGUAACUGGCCAGCCCCCUUGUUCCCUCAGCCUGGUGCAUGUUAGUGGGACGCUGCCGGGUUCUGACAGCCCUUUGGUUUGACUUCUGCAAGCUGUGAAUAAACCUUGCCUGGGAACUGCU